UCUUAUGUCAUUUACACAUGUUAAUAAAUAAAAUUGCUAAACAGAUUGUUUAUUUCGCUCUCAGUAGUUUAAUUUUAUAUUAUUUACAAGAAAUUCCAAAAUGGGCAUUGAAGAUAUAGCUUCGAAAGAAUUCAAACUAAGACCAAUGAAGUGCGAACUGAAUUUUCUUAGUAAAUCUGAUGGCUCGGCGAUAUUAUCACAAGGAGAAACAGUAGUUUUGGCGAGUGUAAACGGACCAUUGGAUGUGAAAAUGCAAAGUCAGAGUAUUGAAAAAUCAACUUUAGAAGUCCUUUUUUGCACUAAAGGUGGAAAACCAUCAGUUGGAGACAGGUACAAAGAGAACAUAAUUAGACAGACUUGUGAGACCUGUGUCCUGGGCAGUGUGUAUCCGAGGACAGCCAUCACAAUCACCAUUCAGGAGCUGGAGGACUAUGGAGGGCUUCUAUCCUGCAGUUUGAACUGUGUAUGCUUAGCCCUCCUCAACUCUGGCGUGGCGAUGCGAUGCGUGUACGCAGCCGUGUCGUGCGCCGUUGAAGACACGGGUAAUAUAGUGUUGGAGCCGACCCACCAACAGUUAGAGACUGCGAGAGCGAAUAUGAGCUUCGUGUUUGAGAGUAGGGAGAAAACUCUUAUUACGAGUUUUACAGAGGGUACAUUUAGCGAGGACACAUAUAAAGAAGCGUUGGAGCGUUGUCGCGCGGCCAGCGACCUGAUCUUCGGCUUCUACCGGGAUAUUGUCAGCAAAUACUGCAACGUUAUAGGAUAGCCUUUAAUAUAUGUAGCAAUAAAUUAUAUAAAUAUAUA